AUGGAGCGGUUCGUGGUGCGCCGGGCCCGCUCACCGCAGAGCCCCCGCCGGGUCCGAUCGGAGCCCCGCGCCUACCGGCAGGCCACGCUCGAGUCCCUGAAGAGGGUGGUCGUGGUGGAAGACAUAAAGCGCUGGAAGGCGAUGCUCGAGCUCCCCGGGCAGCCUAAAGAAAACCUGAUGGAAGCUUUGGGGGAACUGAAGAAGAAAAUCCCUUCCAAGGAAGUGUUACUGUCCACAAAAAUAGGUCACACUGUGAACAGGAUGCGCAAACAUUCCGAUCAUGAUGUGGCCAGCCUUGCCAAAGAUGUUUACAUGGAAUGGAGAACUUUCAUCAAACACCACUCAAAUAGGCCUUCAAUAGAAGUCAAGAGUGAUCCCAAGACUGAGUCUUUCAGAAAGAACGCACGGAAGCUGCUUUGUGAAGCCCUGGAUCUAGAGAUUGAUCACCCACUGGCUGAAAAUAUUGAGCGAGAAGCUUUUCAUCUCUCUUCACGUCUCAUUAGCGCGCCGUAUCGCAGAAUGGUGCGAGCUCUUGUCUUCUCAUUAAAGCACAAACCUGAAACCAGAGCAGAAGUCAAGGCUGGCGCGCUCACCGUCCCCGCGUUUGUGCAGAGCCAUAAGAAGUGAGGUGUCGUGCUCAGUGCCGAGCGAGAACUUCAUGUGCCUGCGUCUCUGCGGAACUGGGAGCCCUUUCUGUCACAAGGGGAUUGCCGAAGUGCUGACAGUGUGACUCACUUGGCUGAGGACAGGAACUUCUAGUGAUGAAAGCAGUGCUUUAAAUCUGCGUGGGGUUGCUGCACAAAAAAGUUUCUUCUGCUCUGCUGUGUAUUUUCCUGGUCUAAAGCCGCCCCUGUUCACUCACCUCUUUCUGUUGUCAGUUUGUCAUACCUCAGUUCAGCUCCAUCUCUGACGUGGAUCUUCAGGUGUAAUUAGCUGAAUGGCAUAAAGCACCAUCUCUGUGCUGGUGAGAAAUAGUGGAAAAUCGGGGCGAUUGCUUCAUGGGAGGAGGUUCCUAAUGGAUAACUGCAAACCCUCAUUGAUCCUAAAUCAGCCAAGUCUGCUGUGGCUGAGCCCUGUUUAGCCAAGCCAGGUGAUUUCCCCUGCAUCCACAGUGGGAUACAAAACGAGUUUUGAUGAUUUUGUUGUGGAUGCCCCAUCCCUGGAAGCAUCCAAGGCCAGGCUGGAUGUGACUGUGGGCAGCCUGGUCUGGUGGUUGG